GUGCUCCAGCCCCAUGAUCAUCUCCAAGGCCUUCUUCUGGAUCAUCUCCAAUGCUGGCUGGACCUGACGGUGCACAGUUGUCCUACCACGUAAUCACACUCAAGACAAUACCCCCACAUUCACACCUCUUUCCUUUCCUUCCCAUGCAGUCUGAAAGCUGUGCUGAUGGGGAAGCCCCAAGACAACACGGUGGACUUGUCGGGCAUCCCGCUGACACUGAAGGACCUGGAGCGCGUGACGUCGUACCUGCAGCACAGCUCGGAGCACAUCGACACGGUGGAGCUGUGCUUCACCGAGCUGACGGAUGAGAUGCUGCUGCAGCUGCUGCCUGCAUUGUGUGGCCUUCCUCACCUCACCACGCUGUCCCUCAACGGCAACCGGCUCACCAAAGCCAUCCUGCGGGACCUCACCGAAACCCUGAAAGACCCCAAGAAGUUUCCCAGUGUCACCUGGAUCGACCUCGGGAACAACGUGGACAUCUUUUCCUUGCCUCAACCUUUCUUGGUCAGCCUGAAGAGAAGAUGUCCGAAGCAAGGUAACCUGCCCACCAUUUUGGAGUUUGGCGAAGGGCAGGUCAGCGAUUUGGAGAACCAGGAUGGCCUGGCUGAGAGCCAGGAGGACCUGCGGAGUGAAAAUUGCCAUGAAACCCCAUUGGGCAAAGCAGAGGGCAGGACAGUGGAGAAGCAAGGCACUGAGACACCGCAGACGUGACAUCGGCUCCACGUUGGGUACAUUUGGGUGACAAACCCAAGAUCUCCUCAUCAGAGGUCCUGGCAUGGGUGGAUGCAGGCGGUGGGAUGCUCUGGGAGCACAUUGCCUUCUUCCCCUGUGAUGAAUAUCAGUGCUGCUCCCAUCAUGCAGAAAUGGGAUGGUGUUGUACACUUGUAUCUCAUUCCCUGUUCAUCGCAGGGCAGUUGGACUAGAUGACCCUGCUGGGUGCCUUCCAACUCAAAUGAUUCUAUGAAAAGCCAGGAGGGUGUUUUUAAAUGGUAGCGCUAUGCUUUUUAACCUCUCCAAGUAUCCAAAUACGAAUUGCCAAAGCGUUGGAACAUGAGGCCCUUAGAAGCACAAAGGGGAGCAGGAAGGCAACUAGAUCCAGGAGGAUCCCAGCUGGUCACCCCCACACAACAGAUGGACAGAUUUCACCCACAAGCACUGCACAGAACUGCAACCUUCUCCCAUACCAAUUUCAGGAGCUGCUGAAUAGCGUGCCUGGUGAGAUCAACACAAAGCCUGAUCCCUCUCUAAGGGAACCACUCCAAGCAGGGUGUUCCCACUCCCAGCCCCACAGCAGAGCUUUGCUUUCCUUGUGCUGGCACGGAGCUGGACUGCAGUAUGCUCAUCACCUGGGUGCUGCUCCCCAGCCUUACUGAGCCCAGCUUUACUCAGGCUGGCCCUGCUGCCUGCCCAGUGCUCACCCAGCCCUAAAAUCCAGUUGCUCACCUGCUGAGCUGCUGCGAUGACCUCACAGCUUCCCAUUCUUGCACCAGAGCUCUCUGCGUGUUUUGGGGAGCAAGAUGUAGUGUCUGAAGCUGGGGCUCAGGUCGGCUCGUUGCUGUUGCUGACAAAGGAGACCGCAAUACUGAAGGUUUAUACAAGAAAAAGAACAAACCUUGGGGCACUUCCCUCUAUCACUGCCAUUCAGGCUGGGUGGAUACAGCCAGCUGAAGGUCUGAAGCACACAAAGGCUUUCAGAUCACUUGGCCACAUCCUUCUCCCUGGUCCAGAAGUGCUUUGUUUGUACAAUGCCGUUUUGGUUUUUGGCUUGUUUUUAUUUUAUUUUAUUUUUUUUAGGAACAUUCUUUUUAUUUCUGGAUGGAAAACAGCUCCCAACAGAGCACGGCAAUUGGCACUUUGGCUUCUAAGCCAGAAUUUCAUGUGAUUCACUGGGUUGAUGGUUGGACUAGAUGAUCUUAGAGGUCUUUCCAACCUGAAUGAUUCUAUGAUUCUAAACCCAAGGGAGAGUGGGAAACACUUCCCCUCCCUUACACUCCACAGACCAAACAGACCUUCCCUUCCCAAGAGGGAGCUCACCUGCCUCUGCCUGCAGCCCUUCCCCUGCACAGCUUUGCAGCGUUGCUUUGCACCUGGGAGCAGUGACCUCUGGUUUUGCUUUGCUGAGUGCAAACAGCACAGUAAGCACUCAGACUUUUUGGUUGUCCCUCAUUUCCCAUGGCUGCACCAGGAAGCUGCACGCCUUUUGCAGGGGGGCUCAUGCUGACAGUUGUUGUUUCUCCUCCAAGUACGUAACUUAGAAGAAGCUCUGCUGCUCGUUUUAAUACAUUUAGCAAAGUUCUGUAUGAUUUGCAUGUAUCUAAGCCUUUUGUUUGUCUGGUUGUUUUUUAACGCUAACACUUUCAACUGGCAUGAAAAACACUUUGCAGUGAAUCAACUGUUCUGUUUGAAAUAAAGGAGCUAUCUGUAAUCAAAAUAAAUGCCAAUGUUUAAUAAAGUGUUGAGAUCUCCUCUGUACAGCUGAUGCCCAGCAUCCCUGGUCUAGCCUGCAAAGCCAUAUACAGGGCUUCCCCUAGUACAGAGGGCUGUUUGUUUUGGCCAGCAGCUCUUAAACAGACCUAAGAAUAAGGACUCCAGAGCUGAAAAUUAGAAUGUUAAUGCUGAUUGAGGUCAUUUGUCAUCAAGGUGGGGAGGGAACAUUCACCUUAAAAUCGUUAUGUCCAUAAUAAUAUCUUGGUGCUGGGCUUAGUUACCCCCAGCAGCACCAGGCUGCUCUGCUGAAGCAUGGAGGAAGC